CUAAGGAUUGACUCUCAAAUUUGUGGAUUUAUAUAAAUAAGGGACCAUUUCUACAUUGAUAUUUGUUGGAGAUAAUUCCCUUUGGCUUGGGAAAUGGCUAAAAAAAGUACAUUCUCCAAAGCAAACAAAGCUAAUAAGAUAAAAAAGAAAUCAAAAUUUGAUGAGCGUGAACCUUUACCUAGAAGAAUAUUCAAAAAGGAUGAUAGGAAUCGCAGAUUUAAGAAGAAUGAUGGAAAAAGGAAAUCGAAAUACCCUGACGAAUUGGAAGUGAACAAUAACUUUAGUCUUUUGGAGCAGGAGCAGGGGGAAAACAGAAAAGAAAGUGAUGGCACCCAAUACUCACAACAAAAAAAUGAUAUAGAUAAUCCCUCAAAGCCGUCAUUGAAUCAGUCAGGACGAGUCGAUCCUUUGGAAACCCUAGAAAAGUUAGAUCUUCCGGAAGAAGCAAUCAAGAAAGGUGCACCCUCUAUUUUAGUAGGUUUAAAAAAAUUGGAUGAUAAAAGUGAGAAGCCGAAACCUGAACCAAAGAAUGCUGUGGAUGAAAAUGCAGAUUAUAUAGGUUUCGAUUGGAAUAGUGAUGAAGACGUAAAUGACACUUCCAAAGACGAAACCAAUGAUUCAGGGCCCAACAAUAUUCCUGGAUUUAUGCAAAACAACGGUCGAUUUUUUCACGAGGCCAACAAACAAAAUGAACAAUCAAGUAGGAAAAGAAAGCGUAUGGCAUACGAAAUUGAUCCUAGUUCUUGCCCUUGGCAUAGACCAUACAAAGCAGAUAUUGAAGUGUCUCGACUCUUGCAUCAGGAUAUCACUCAAUUUGUCGACUAUAUAACGCCGACGCCUGAAGAGCAUGCUGUUCGAAAAUCUUUAAUUUCACGCAUUAAUAAUGCCGUUGUAAAGAAGUGGCCAGACGUUUCGGUAUAUGUAUUUGGUAGUUUCGAGACCCGACUCUAUCUUCCUACCUCUGAUUUGGAUAUGGUAAUAAUGUCUUCAGACAGUCAUUACCGUGGAAGCAAAAAGGAUAUGUUUGUUUUGGCACAUCACCUAAGGAAAUCUAAAGUAGCCACUGAUAUCCAAGUUAUCACUACUGCUAAUGUGCCUAUCAUCAAAUUUGUGGAUCCAAUAACGAAGAUUCAUGUCGAUGUAUCUUUCAACCAAGCCGGAGGUCUUAAAACAUGUCUGGUUGUGAACGGCUUUUUGAAGAAAUAUCCUGCUCUUCGUCCUCUUGUAAUUAUCAUUAAACACUACCUAAACAUGCGAGCUCUAAAUGAGGUGUUUUUGGGUGGUCUUAGUAGUUACGCUAUUGUUUGUUUGGUGGUCUCUUUUCUUCAACUUCAUCCGAGAUUAAGUACUGGUUCAAUUCGUGAAGAAGAUAAUUACGGCGUUUUGCUUUUAGAACUUUUGGAACUCUAUGGCAAGCGUUUUCACUACGAUGCAGUUGGUAUCGCCGUUCAUAAUGGUGGUUUCUAUUUUUCAAAGAAAAAACAAGGAUGGUUAAGACCAAAUCAACCGUACCUGUUAUCUAUUAUGGAUCCUGUUGAAUUUAGUAAUGAUGUAUCAAAAUCUAGUCGUGGUCUACUUCGCGUUAAAGCCACCCUGGGUAAUGGAUUUGACUUAUUAACAAAUGAAUUGUUUGCCCUUGCUUCUAGAAUCGAACGAGAGGGAUCACGUAGAAUAAGUGAUUUCCCUAGUAUUUUGGGCAGCAUCAUCUCUGUGGAUGAAGGUGUUCGUAAACAUAGAGUUCAUAUGCUGAAUUGCUUUAAUGAGCAUCCUAUCGCAUUAGAACCGAUGGUUGAUGUUGAACAACUUUCUAGUAUCGAUGUUGAUCGUCUUCCUACUGAAAAUGUUGAUUUACAAUUUGUGGAAGAUGAAUCUGAUUCAGAUGAGGUUGAACAGGAGACGGAUGACUUAAUAAAGAAAAAGGGUCUAAACGACCUUCAAAAUACUAACCACAACGAAGGCUUGUCGAAUGUUUCAGAUGCUCGUAUGAAUGCGAAAGAUUUAUUUAAUAUUGAUGAAGAAAGCUCUGAAGAAUACGAGAAAAAUGACAAUGACUUCAAACGUGAUAUCCAAAGAUCUGACGAAGAGGAGUCACGUGCCACAAAAGUGAGAAAGAAGACUCGGUGAUUAUUAGUAUAGAUGAAAAAUAUCUUUUGCUGGGAUAGAAGUUUGGUUUCUUUUUUAUUUUUAUUUUUUUUUUUGGGAUGGACGUUACCUAAUGAAAUAUUAAUGUUUGUCUAAAAAAGUACGAAUUAAUUUAUUAGUUUGCAUAGCAGUAAGGAGUA